UGUACGACCCAGCUGUUUUUUUUGUUAGUGGUUCAAAGCUGAUUGACUGCAGAUUCGUCUCCAUGUAGUAGCCGUGCGAGAAGUUUGAUUUUGCUGGUUUCCGGGCCGUCAACUUGAGACCUUGAACGGGGGCGACUCGGCGAGAGUCCCGACCGGCAAGCUGCGAGAGACGCUCCGAUCCUGCAAGCGCCAGUACGGCCACGCAGAGGUAUAACCACGCACAACGACAAGGCACGGAUCGCCAUGGCUACCACCGGCAACACCCUGGCAACAGCCAAUCACGCAUGUUUCUACCUGCUCGCUGCGCUACUAGCACUCCAGUGUAGUCCUGGAGUGAUGAGCGAAGAAGCACCCAGACAGGACUCGAUCGCGCCGCUCUAUCUGUCGUGCGAGAAAAACGGCCGCAGCGGCGGACUUGACUUCCUCAUUGUGGACAAACCGACGUCCGUGUCCAAGGCACAGACGUUCUGCGCGGCGGCCGCGGGCGGCAUGCAUCUGCCAUCGCUCUCGCACAACGUGGAGUGUCUGAGAAAAUUCCUCAGUGGACUUCGCUCCGGCCAAACGGGCACGGCCAACGGCGCUCCGACUUACUGGCUGACCGGCUGUGAUGCUAGUCAUGCGGCAUGUGCUGCGGCUAAAGUCCAGGCAACCGGAGCAGAAUUCAAUCUGGAAACGGAGAAGCAGGCCAGUGUCACUGUAUGCGUGAACUGCCCGGACAAGACCUACUGGAACGGACAGCGGUGUGCGUGCGAGAGCGGCUUGAAGCUGAACACGACCACGGGCGCAUGUGAAUGCCAGCUGAGAGAUACGUACAACUAUGAUAACCAGACGUGCGGCUGCAGCAAGGUACAGCAGUCGUGGUCCGGCUGCAGGUGUCCCCAAGGCCUGGCGGCUGGGCCAGUCAAGGGCAUGUGCCACUGCGGUAACUUCGAACUUUUCUCGGUGAACCGCUGUCAACCGCUGCCGGAGGAGAAGUGCGAUUUUUUCCGGCUGCGUCUGCUCAUGGGACCAACGGAAGUCAGAGACAUGCCGGCGUAUCUAUACUCUCGGCACUACUGCUCUACUCUCGGGAUGACGUUGCCUCGCGUCACCCGCCAGGCAUUUGGCAGCUGUAAGCGGCGAUUGCUCCAUGCCUGGCAGACCAAGCUGGGCGAGCGCAAGCUGACGUUCUACGGCGCAGACGACAAGCUCAUCACGUCCCGCGACGGCCAUUUGGGCAUUGACAGCAUCACGCCAUCCACACCGUGGCCAAUGCAGACCCUCUGCGAAGUUCUUUGCAAUGCCGACCAGAUGUGGGACGCAGCGUCAAAAGCUUGCAAGUGCAAACUUCCCGGCUAUGCUCUGACCAACGGAAACUGCACAGCAAUCCCCACCACUGCUGCGCCAACCACCGCACCAACUACCACACCGACCACCACACAGACCACCACACCAACCACCACACAGACCACCACACCGACGACUACCCCAGCUGCAACUGCAGCACCGACGACUACCCCAGCCGCAACUGCAGCACCAACAACUACGGCUGAACCGACCACUACCCCAGCCGCAACUGCAGCAUCGACGACUACCCCAGCCGCAACUGCGGCACCAACAACUACGGCUCUACCGACCACUACACCGGUGACAACAACUACUACUACCCCAGUUCGGUCCACCUCCGCCACGGCCACCACCACAUCAGCUACUGGGGGAGCAGCAGCAGCUACAGCAGCACCAGCAGUGCCCGAAACGACGAGAUCAGAGCAACAGACAACAGCAAUUCGAUCCCGACAAGAAUCGUCAGAUCCAAGCACGGCCGGAGGUGGACUGUUUUUCGGCGUGGGCGGAGCGCUUGCCGCUGUGCUCCUUGUUCUGGUGGCACUCAUCACCAAGCAAGGACUCAGCAACAGAUCGAGGCAAGUCCACGCAAGACUCAACGAGGUCAGGUCCGUCAACACCUCAUCGCAGAGCAGGCACCGCAAAAUGCAGCAGGUCACCAGCAACAAAAACAACACCGGCGAUGACGGCGGUCGUGAGCUGUAUUCGGACGUGGCCACCGGUGUCCGCAGCGCCGGCGACCCGGCCACCAGCCUACACUCCUCGUCCCCGUCCGACGCGGCCCCUCGCAUGUCGAUGACUCGCGACCACCGGUCCGGCAGCAUGGACUCCACUCUGUACCUGGCCGACGUCGCCAGCCGUCGCGACUCGUGCGGCGUUCAUGAGCGCACACCGGCAGACGCCAGACAGCGGUCUCUCUUCAGCAUCGGACCCACCGACGAACUAGCCGCCAUAAGCGCCAGGGGCGAUAAUGGCUUUGCUCAGUCGGACUUCCUGUACGACGCUGCGGACGGCUUCGCCAACGCCGUGCAUCGUGCGGGCCAUGAGACCAUCCCGAGCCCUGGUGAUAUCUUUGGAGACUCGGAGGACAUCUACAACUCCGAAUAUGACUGUCUGCCGGCGGCACACUCCAAGCAGCAGGAUCCGUCUCCCAUAUUUGGUGAGCAGCAUGAUCCGUCCGCCAUAUACAGCGUGCUAGAAGUCACCGAGACGGGCGUGAACCGCUCCACGAUCAGCGAGCCGUGCAUUCUUAGGCGCUCAGGCUCCAAUGAUAUCUUAGCCGAGCAGGAGUGCAUGUAUAUGGACGAUCCUGUGGCGUACACGGACACCGUCGGCGCGACAGAUCCAAACGAGGGCAGCGUGCGAGCACGCGUUGUCGCAAAGCCGCGCAAUGCAAAGACACGCCUAGCAACCCAGGACACAGUCCGCACUGUCGGCAGCUAUCUGGUCAACGAGGACCAGGACAACGCCGACUAUCAUGGCAGCCUGUGGCGUAACCCUAGCGACCAAGACCUGCAUUUCGUCGUCAGCGAGAACCGGGAAACGGACGACGACGCGUACACAUGCGGCAACUCGCGGAAGUCGUUGAAAGCCGCCGCAACUAACGCCACGCUCGCCAAGAAGCUACGGAGCACGGUUGGCGAUAGCAACGCCAUGCAGCACAGCCGGGAGAUGAGUCUCCGCGACAAAAGUCGCUCGCGCACCGCCACCAUCUCGACGGUGUGCGACGCUCUGCCACUGGGUUACGGCGGGGUUGAGCCCACGUCCCCAGGCCUACGCAGCCAGGACGAUAUGCAGCUGUAUGACAUGGCGGAGAACACGGACUACAUACAAGCAGGAGGCCACGUGGCACGACCGAGGCCGUCGUCGUCGUCGAGUCGACACACCCGGAACAGCAGCCGCAAAGAUUCACAGACGAGAGAUCCUCACACACCGGAGGCCAUCGUCGAGGCGCCGAUGGUCUUCAGCGAAGACGCCGAGUACAGUCUCGUGCCGUUCGACAAUGCCGGCUGCCCGUCGCACCCCACCGUAUCCACGGCGAUUCGACGGCAAAUGACGGACGAAACGGCAAGCCAGGCAGCCAGCGCUCCUGUGGAGACGACACAGGGUGAUAUCUAUGCCACGUUGAAGAAGGCGGCAAGCGGAACGUUCCACUUGCUAGGCGGCAGAAAGGGAGAUUCAACGCCCGCCGUUGCCUCCAUCACAACCGCCUCUGCUGCAACUCGACCCGGAGCCAGGCAAGCAGUGGACAAGAUUGAAACGGCCGAGGAUGAGUAUACCCUCAUACCCGGUCCCGUUGCCAAGAGCAGCACGGCCAGCAGUGCGGAAAUACGCACGGCUCAGUGAUUGCGUGUGAUGACAUGGUACUCAGCCAGAAAGUCGCCGUUGCCCCUUGUUAAGCAAGCAAUUACUGCCCCUUGUCAAGCAAGCAAUUACUGACCCUUGUCAAGCAAGCAAUUACUGACCCUUGUCAAGCAAGCAA